AUGGAGUGUAUUUCAACUACCCAGUAUAGUAUUUCCCUAAAUGUAGGAUUAUAUGGGAAGAUACAAGGGCGAAGAGGACUUAGACUGGGGGACCCCAUUUCUCCUCUGCUCUUUAUCAUUUGUAUGGAGUACUUUAUUAGAAUACUAAACAGGGUGGCUAUGAUAAUAGGAUUUGAGUUCCAUACAAAAUGCAAAGGGCUUAAACUAAAUCACUUAUGUUUUGUAGAUGAUAUGCUACUGUUCUGCAAGGGCACAUACCAAUCAGUGGUUCUAAUGCUUAGGGGAUUACAAACUUUCACUGAUACAUCAGGAUUGAGCACAAAUGCAAGGAAGUCCAAAAUUUUCUCAGCAAAUAUGAAAACUCAAAGCCUUGAAGAUAUAUGUGAACUUACAGGAUACCAGAAAGGCACUUUACCUUUUAGAUACUUGGGAGUUCCAAUAUCUGCCAAGAAACUUACUGCACUAGAUUAUGAAAUGCUCCUGGAGAAGUUGGCAGUCAGGGUGUGCAGACCAAAGAAAGCUGGUGGCCUAUGGGUCCUAGAUUGUAUGAUUUGGAAUGAAGCAUCUGUAGCUAAAUAUGCUUGGAAUAUAGCUCAAAAAGCUGACAACUUAUGGGUCAGGUGGGUUGAUCAUAUUUACCUGAGCCACACUAACUGGUGGGAUUACACCCCUCCUACUGACUAUUCAUGGUACUGGAAGAAGAUAUGUUCCAUUAGAGAUAAGUUCAAAGCUGGAUAUAUGGGCAAUGGGUGGAUAACACAUAAUGGUAGCUACACAAUUCACAGUGGCUAUCAACACAGGAAAGGAGAACAAGAAGCUUGGUAUUGGGAGAAGUGGUGUCAUUUCUCAAAGGAGUGCUUAAAGCUUAUAUUGCAACGGUUGGGUCUUGGAGUGCAAAAUCUGAACCUUCAUAGCCUAUGGAAAAUGAUGACAAGGAACAUCACUGGGAGGAAAUGCAGAGCAUUUUUACAUGCAGUCUUGACAGCUUUGGUUUACAACAUCUCAAAAGCAAGAAAUAGAGCUUUGUGGAAGCAAGCAGUUCCAGAACCAAGAAGAGUUAGAGAUCAGAUUAAGGAGGACUGCAAAAUCAAAGUAUAUAACCACAUUGAUAGCAACAUAAAUAGGAGUGGGGGGAACUGGAUAGGGGGACUAUACAAUAUAACACAUGUAUAG